AUGGCGGACAAGGGAAAAAUCCCGCGUCCGUCGACUUCCACGUCGAAGACCGCGCCCAAGCCCGUUAAGGCUAAGGCGCAGGCGCGGCACGCGAGAGUCCGCAGCACAUCUGCCCCCGAGCACGAGAACGAGCCCGAGGUGAGUAAAAGACCCGUUACUCAGCGCCAGGCGGAGCGCGUUGCGACCACGGCUGAUGAGUCGGCGCGAUUACACGCCAGGCUCAUCACCACCACUCCGUUGCAACCGCGCCCGCCGAAGAGCGCUAAACCUCGCACUUCCCCCGACGAUUCAGAUCGGGAGGAAAAGAUUCCCAGGCGGGGCCCGACCCCUGCGCAACCAAUGGACAGCGCCGCCGCCCCUCCGGCCGCGAUGCUCGUCCACGACGAACCACUACUUUCCCCGGACGAUGAACCGCAGCCGGGGCCCAGCACGAGUGGCACGUCUAUGCGGCAAUAUAUCGGCACGGAAAGUAGCGGGGCUGCGGCCGAUUCAACGUCAUAUGCGACGUUGGCCCCCGAGGUGGGGGAACGGUCCAGUCCUGCCGUACCGCCGCCGAGCUACGCAUUCAUGACGUCCGCUCCACUAUCUCCGAGCGCCGCCACAUCCGGUACCUCUACGCAGCCCACGCAGCCCACACCCACGCCCAAACCAAUGGAGGAGGACGCCAAGGGCUACCCUCCUAUCAUAGUUGAGUGCUUCCCCGACUGGACGAAGCACUUCGCCGAGCUGAAAAAACAGCUCGGCCACGCCCCGAACGCCCGAUAUUUUGGGCGUGUAACCGUGGGCAUCGGUGCGGACUCUUUGGUUCCGAGGUGCCCCAAGUUCAGAACCGACUGGGUGGCCUAUGGGAGAGCGAUGGCCAACUUCCAGUACGGCGCGCCUAUCUCAUCACCGGACGAUGUGGAGGUCGCCGCCCGCAGCAUCUGCUGCAAGAUGCAGGAGGAGCUGCAGGCGACGACGACGGAGAACAGUUUAGACGAAAGAUCGAAGUUCCGCUUCUUAAAGGUGCUCGACGUUAUACUCCAAACCUUC